UCCUACCUCACCUGUAUUAUAUGAUUAUCAUACUGUCAUUAAUUAUCAAACUUGAACAGGAAACUUUUUUGAAAGGAUAUUUUGGUUUGCAGCAUUCUUCUCUUGUAUAAACUGAGAAAUUCUUCUACAGUUAACUUUUACCAUCUGCUUUUCUUUAUUUUUAGUUACUCCAAUUAUCAAAAGAGAGACAAACACUUUAGGAAAGAACACACAAGAGAAAAACUCAAAAAAAUGGGUGUUCUGGAUCAUGUUUCUGAUCUGUUCGACUGUUCUCCUGGCAGUUCCAAGCACAAGAAACGUAAGCAGUUGCAGACGGUGGAGAUCAAGGUGAAAAUGGACUGUGAAGGAUGUGAACGCAAAGUUAAAAAAUCUGUGGAAGGAAUGAAAGGUGUGACGCAAGUGGACGUUGAACGUAAGGCCAACAAGUUAACAGUGGUUGGAUAUGUCGACCCAGCAAAGGUGGUUGCGCGCGUGGCACAUCGGACUGGCAAGAAGGUAGAGCUAUGGCCCUACGUGCCUUAUGACGUGGUGGCUCACCCUUAUGCUCCCGGGGUUUACGAUAAGAAAGCCCCAGCUGGGUACGUUCGCAACGCUGAGGACCCGCUGGUAUCGCAUCUCGCUCGAGCUAGCUCCACUGAAGUUAGAUACACCACAGCUUUUAGCGAUGAGAACCCUACUGCUUGUUCUAUCAUGUGAUCGAUUGAAAUAAAAAGAAAAAAAAAUGGUACUGUAUCAAAUAUUUUGUGUUAGUAGUGAAUUAACUUGUGUGUUGAAAAUUUGUCUUCGUUUGAGGAUUUGGUCGUAAAUUGUACUAUUGGCUCUAUUCUAUUAAUGGUGUAUUUUGGAUAUUUUGAUCUGUUGAAUCAAAAUUUUUAAUUAGUAGUAAAUUAUGUAGUAAAAUUGCUUGGAGGAA